CAGCACAAAGAAUUGAACUUGAUGAUGAAUCGCCAAGAUGAUGAUACUGCAGUAUCCGAAGAGGUUUACAAUAUUAUCCCACUAGACAACUUAUCAGCUGAUCAUCCCUGCCGCCGGUUUCCCGAGGUCCGGCUUGCCAUUGCCGCCCUACACGCAAUUGGUGGCCUCCGCCGUCCGCCACAAUUCUUGUCCUGGAAUCCAGACUACGAUCUCCUCGACUGGCUAGGCCUCCACUUCGGUUUUCAGUCCUCCAAUGUCAAGAACCAAAGAGAGCACCUCGUCCUGCAUCUCUCCAACGCACAGAUGCGCCUCUUCCCUACCCCUGACAACUUGGACUCUCUUGAUCCUUCCAUUGUUCGAAACUUCCGGUGCCAACUCCUGAAAAACUACUCCGACUGGUGCUCCUACCUCGGCAUCAGACCAAACCUCCUGCUCUCAGAUUCCUGCUCAACCUUGGCUCUCAAGCCUAACGUCCAGCAUGAGCUUCUGUACGUGUCUUUAUAUUUGUUGAUAUGGGGUGAGUCUGCUAAUUUACGUUUAGUUCCCGAAUGCAUUUGUUAUAUUUUUCACCAUAUGGCAAUGGAAUUGAAUAAAAUCUUGGAAGAUUAUAUCGAUGAUAACACGGGGAGGCCAUUUUUGACUUCGUUAUCUAGAGAAAAUGCAUUUUUGAACCAAAUAGUUAAGCCUAUUUAUUAUAUAAUGAAAGUAGAAGUCGAGAACAGUAGAAAUGGGACUGCACCGCACUCAGUGUGGCGAAAUUACGAUGAUAUAAAUGAGUACUUUUGGAGUAGGAGGUGCUUUAAGGAGCUAAAGUGGCCAAUUGAUGUUUCGAGUACUUUUUUCAUGACAAGCAAUAAGGAAAAGGUGGAGAAAACAGGGUUUGUGGAACAGAGAUCGUUUUGGAACAUUUUUCAGAGCUUCCACAAGUUGUGGGCUAUGUUAAUUUUAUUCAUUCAAGCAGCAGUAAUUGUAGCGUGGGAGGAGAAGGGCAAUCCAUGGGAAGCGUUAAAGAGUACGGAGGUCCAGGCACGAUGCUUGACUGUGUUCUUCACAUGGAGCGCAAUGAGGUUCUUGCAUUCAUUACUCUAUGCAGCAAUGCACUAUAGUUUGGUUUCGAGGGAGAUGAAAUGGUUAGGUAUGAGGAUGGUUUUGAAAGUUGUAGUUUCUGCUGGGUGGGUUUGGGUUUUUAUGAUGUUCUAUGGGAGGAUUUGGGAUCAAAGAAGUAGUGAUGGGAGGUGGUCGCCUGAAGUGAAUCUCAGAGUGGUGAAUUUUUGUAGGGUUGCUUUGGUUUUUAUGGCCCCAGAACUUUUGGCUCUGGUUUUGUUCAUUCUACCUUGUGUUGGGAAUUAUUUGGAGAAUACAAAUUGGAGGAUCUUUCGUUUGCUAUCCUGGUGGUUUCAGGGCAGAACUUUUGUUGGUCGGGGGCUUAGGGAAGAAUUCACGGACAGUAUAAAGUAUAUAAUCUUCUGGAUAAUUGUGCUGGGGACAAAGUUUUCCUAUAGUUAUUUCUUGCAAAUCAAGCCCAUGAUUGGAUCUACAAAAACAUUGUUGCAUACCAAGAACAUUAAUUAUGAGUGGCUUGAGUUCUUUAAACACAGCAACCGAUUUGCGCUGGGGUUGCUCUGGCUCCCAGUUGUUUUGAUAUACCUGAUGGAUCUGCAAAUUUGGUUUUCAAUUUACUCUACAUUUCUUGGUACUACUAUUGGUUUGUUUAAUCGUCUGGGUGAGAUUCGGAACAUGCAUCAUUUGAGGUUUUGGUUUCAGUACUUUGCUAGUGCAAUUUGUUUCAACUUGUUGCCUGAGGAAAAGCUGUUAAAUGCGAGAGGAACAUAUGGAAGCAAGUUCAGGGAAGCCAUUCACCAAUUGAAACUAAGGUAUGGGUUUGGCAGGCCCUUUAGAAAACUUGAACCUAACCAGGUCGAGGCCUACAAAUUUGCUAUGAUAUGGAAUGAAAUAAUUAUGACAUUCAGAGAGGAGGACAUUAUCAGUGAUCAUGAGAUCGAGUUGUUAGAAAUGCCUAUAAGACACUGGAAAAUCAGGGUGAUCCAAUGGCCAUGUGUGUUCCUCUGCAAUGAGGUGCUGCUCGCUCUCAGAUGGGCAAAAAAACUUUCUGAUGCUCCUGAUGAAAGGCUUUGGUAUAAGAUCAGCAAGAAUGAACAUAGGCGUUGUGCAGUUAUUGAAGCAUAUGACAGUGUGAGGGAAUUCUUGCUGACCAUCGUCAAGAAUGACAGUGAGGAGCAUUCCAUUGUCGAAACAUUCUUUAAAGAAAUUGAUUUCAGAAUUCAAUUGGAGAAAUUCACGAAAUGCUACAAGAUGGUUGGACUUGAAAAGAUCCAUGAAAAGUUAAUCCAUCUACUCAAUCUAGUACUCAAGCUUCCAGUUGAAGACCUUAACGAGGUAGUGAAUGCUCUGCAGGCCCUUUACGAGGCUGCCAUUCGAGAUUUUUCGAAAGAAUAUAGAGAUAUUUAUCAGCUGAGGGAGGAUGGUCUUUUUCCUCGAACAACAAUUUUGGGUGAAAGAUUUCUUUUCGAGAAGGCUGUUGAGUUGCCUAGUCCAGAUAAUGAGGGUUUCUAUCGCUGUCUUCGACGUUUACAUACAAUUCUCACAUCUGAGGACUCAAUGCUCAAAAUUCCUGAAAGUCAUGAAGCAAGACGACGAAUCUCUUUCUUCAGCAAUUCCAUGUUUAUGAAUAUUCCCCGCGCUUCCCUGAUUGAGAAAAUGGCGGCCUUCAGUGUUUUAACUCCUUAUUACAAGGAAGAAGUGCUAUACAGCAUGGAACAACUCCGGAUUGAAAACGACGAUGGGAUUUCCAUCCUCUACUACUUGCAGACUAUCCAUGCUGAUGAGUGGAGAAACUUCUUAGAGAGAAUGCGCCGGGAAGGGAUGGUAAGUGAAAGAGAAUUGUGGACAACUAGGUUGAGAGAUCUUCGGCUAUGGGCAUCUUACAGAGGACAGACACUGGCCCGCACGACUAGGGGAAUGAUGUACUACAAUCGGGCUCUUAACAUGCUGGCUUUUCUGGAUUCAACACACGAGAUAGACAUCAUGGAAGGAUAUCAGAGACUUCAUUUCAUGAAACUCAAUGAUAGUAGAGAUGGAUUGCGUUCAAUAAUGUCAUCCCCUCCAAAAACUUCAGUCCAUGAAAUUUGCAUACCCAUGAAAUUCACUUAUGUAGUUGCUUGUCAGUUGUAUGGCACUCAGAAGGCUGAAAAGGAUCGGCAUGCUGAGGACAUCUUGAAUCUGUUGAAAGGCAAUGAAACUCUUCGUGUUGCUUACAUUGAUGAGGUGUCCAAAGAGAAGACUGAGAAAGAGUAUUACUCCGUCCUGGUGAAAUAUGAUAAAAGGCUGCAAAGAGAAGUGGAAAUCUAUCGGAUCAAAUUACCGGGUGAUCCCCUGAAGCUUGGAGAGGGGAAACCAGAAAAUCAAAACCAUGCCAUCAUCUUCACUCGAGGAGAUGCAAUUCAGACCAUUGAUAUGAACCAAGACAACUAUUUUGAGGAGGCGCUGAAGAUGCGAAACCUUUUGGAGGAAUUCAAGCACAGCCAUGGCAUCAAGAAACCGACUAUAUUGGGUCUCCGGGAGCACAUAUUUACAGGUCCAGUCUCAUCGCCUGCUCAGUUCAUGUGUUCCCAGGAGACAAGUUUUGUGACCUUGGGUCAGCGUAUUAUGGCUAACCCUUUGAAAAUCCGAAUGCAUUAUGGUCAUCCAGAUGUGUUUGACAGGUUUUGGUUUCUAACUCGGGGUGGAAUAAGCAAGGGUUCUAGAGUGCUUAACAUAAAUGAGGAUAUCUUUGCUGGAUUCAAUUGCACACUGCGGCGCGGAAAUAUCACUCACCACGAGUACAUUCAAUUUGGCAAGGGUAGGGAUGUUGGCUUUAAUCAGAUCUCUAUGUUUGAGGCCAAGAUUGCAAGUGGGAGUGGAGAGCAACUCCUCAGCCGAGAUGUCUACAGGUUAGGUAAUAGGCUGGAUUUCUUCAGGAUGCUUUCUUUCUUCUACACUUCAGUAGGAUUCUUCUUCAAUGCAUGUGUGGUUGUUUUUGCUUUGUACACCUUUUGGUGGGGGCAAUUCUAUCUGGCCCUCUGUGGGUUUGAGAGUUCAAUGAAAUCAGGUAAGGCGGAUCAGAGUGCAGCACUUCUGUCAAUCUUGAACCAAGGAUUUGUCAUAGAACUAGGCCUUUUCAAUGUCUUGCCAAUGAUUGUUGAAAGUACAGUUGAGCAUGGUUUCCUCACGUCUAUCUGGGAAUUCAUUGUAACACAGCUCCAACUUUCAUCUUUAUUCUACACAUUCUCCCUGGGAACUCGUUCCCAUUACUUUGGUCGAACCCUUCUUCAUGGUGGGGCCAAAUACAGAGAAACUGGGCGUGGCUUCGUUGUACAGCACAAGAGUUUUACUGAGAGUUACAGACUAUAUGCUCGCAGCCAUUUUGUGAAGGCAAUUGAGCUUGGACUAUUACUGGCAGUAUACUCUCUGUACAGCCCAGUGGUGGGGAGUGGUUUUGUGUACCUAGCAUUAACUCUAGCCAGUUGGUUUCUAGUAGCGUCCUGGAUUUUGAGCCCCUUCAUCUUCAAUCCUCUCAGUUUUGAGUGGCUUAAAACAGUAAAUGAUUUCCACGAAUUUAUAAACUGGAUAUGGUACCGUGCUAGCAUAUUGGCAAAUGCUGAACAGAGCUGGGAAAAAUGGUGGUAUGAAGAGCAAGAUCAUUUGAGGACCACUAGUAUUUGGGGGAAGGUAACUGAAAUAAUUCUAAACCUUCGAUUCUUUUUUUUCCAAUACGCAAUGGUGUAUAAGCUUAGCAUUGCAGCUGGAAGCAACAGCAUUGCGGUCUACUUGCGUUCCUGGAUCUUCAUACUAGUCCUUCUUGGAGUUUAUGCAAUAUUAACACGUACCAGCAACAAGUACAGCAUCAAGGCUCACUUUUUCUACCGUUUUAUUCAGACUGUAUUCUUUGUUCUUACGAUAUUUGGGAUCAUUGCCCUAAGGAUGCUCACCAAUUUCAAAUUUCUUGAUCUCUUAAAGAGUCUGUUGGUUUUCAUUCCCACUGGAUGGGGACUUAUUUCAAUUGCCCUCGUACUGAGGCCCUUUCUGGAGAAAUCAGGGAUAUGGGAUAGUGUUGUUUCUUUUGCAAGAGUCUAUGAAAUUAUGUUUGGAGUAAUAGUGAUGAGCCCAGUUGCAGUCCUGUCUUGGUUGCCAUGGACUCAACAUAUGCAGACAAGGAUUCUAUUCAAUGAAGCAUUUAGCAGAGGUUUGCACAUUUCUCAGAUUCUGGCAGGAACAAGAGGCCCAGCAAAAUCUCACGUUGUUUAGAGAACUAUUUUGAAUUUAUGGUUACUUUUUUGGUUAAAAGCAUAGGAGUUCUGUGGAAGUAUUAGCAACUUUGAUUAAACUAACGUUAAAGUCAUUUCAAUUCAUUAGUAUUACAUCAAUAUUGGUUUGCUAGGUCUUUUGUAAUGUGUGUAUUGACAACAAUUUUAUCAACUAAAUUUCAAUGACUCGAUUGUCAUAAA